GGUGGCAAGAAGUUCUGCGCGUAUCAUGGAUGCGUUAAGGGGCGCUUGAUAGGAGGGCACUGCGCUCAACACGGCGGGGGCAAGCGAUGCUCGCCGCCAGACUGCAACAAGUUGGCCGGCGUUUUCGGCAAGUGCCUGGCUCAUGGCGGUUGGAGGAAGUGCUCCGUACCAGGCUGCACGGCAGGCAGAGCUGUCCAGUCGAAGGGCAGGUGCGGCAGUCAUGGUGGCGGCACCCGAUGCUCCGAAGAUGGCUGUAGCAAGGUGCCAACGUGGAAGGGCAAGUGUCUGCAGCAUGGAGGCAGGAUAAUCUGCUCGACCGAUGGAUGCUUUAAAACUGUCACGGCGCGAGACGGCAAGUGCUUCGACCACGACGGACGCCAGCAAUGCACGUACCCAACAUGUCGAAAACGACUUCGGGACACUGAUCGAUGUCCUGAACAUCGUCAGCGUACUGGUUGCUCACACUCUGGAUGCACCAACCAGGCGCAACCAAAAUCGGAUCGAUGCUCUGAGCAUAGUGGAGUCAGACAAUGCUCAACGCCAGGUUGUGGGCAACGCGCCACUCAUAGGACGGGUCUGUACGCGGAACAUCGGGGCAUCACGUUGUGCUCGCAUCCAGGAUGCACUCGUCACCCCAAAUCGUCAAAAGGUUUCUGCAGUCAGCACGGUCGCGGCAAACAAUGUUUAUACCCAGGCUGCACUGCGCGCGCUGAUUUUACCCAUGUAUGCGCUGAGCAUGGCGCUACCCCGUGCUCCCACCCCAACUGUACGCGAAUGGCCUACGUCAAGGACAAAUGCAAUUUACAUGGGGCCAGGCGGUGCAAACAUGAAGGGUGUGAGAAGCAAGCGAAACUCAGGGGGCUGUGUAUCGCCCACGGAGGGGUUAGAAAUUGCUCGCAGGAGGGGUGCACGAAGCGAGCCGAAAGGGGCGGUAAUUGUAUCAAGCAU